AUGGAGGUUAGUCGAGAGGGCCAUUCAGGCCUUUACACGAUGCACUUUUCCAAUAUCUUUCCCGACGCAGCACCUAAAAUGGAACAAAAAUCCCCCAAAGGUAACGCUGCGUCCCCUUCACCUGAGGCCCCUGCACAGCCACCUUGCUCGCUCGUUGAGUUCAGUCAGUGGCAUGUCCUUAUUCGUAUGAAUGUUGGAAACGAUGUGUGCUUUGUGAAAGGUGAGGCUAAAGUCUUUUCACCGACCCCGUCCCUGGCCAGCACCGCAGCACGUGGAAUGAAGCGUACCGGGGAGGUGGUGGCAAACCAAACCGUGCCGGAUGGCGUGCCUAUCGUACCGGUUCAUCAAAAGGAUCGUAAGUGCCAUGUGUUCAUUGAGGGAGCGUAUCGGCCUCAACUCGACAUGGUCCAGGACGGUGAUGGAAUCUCCACCUUCCGUUUGGAAGUGCACAUGGAGACGGUCGAGGGGGAGCUGUUGGGUUUAACAGAGCCAAAGGAGUUGAAGGACGUCGUGUUCAGUUGUAACGGCUUCCGUGCGUGUGGCUGGACCAGCGGGUCGGUGUCCGUUUCCGUGGCCGGUAAACCCCUUAAGAUGGCCCAUACGUUGCGCUUUUUACUCAAGCCUUAUUAUGGCAAGCGCUGUACGCUCUGUCUGGAUCCGGUGUACGCCAUCGGGUACACCUGUGACGAGUGCGAGAUGACCCAGUACUGUAGUCGUGACUGCCUCAAUAGUCAUAUGCGCAAAGGGCACGGUCUGCUCUGUCCCAUACUGAAAAAGAAUUACCGUUUCAAAUCUGGUUGUGUAGCAACGGAGGUGAAUGACGAUACCGGACUGGUGGCAUGGUGGCGCUGCUUAGAGGAAGGCUGCUUCACGAUUCUGGUGGAUAGCGGCAACGCGCUAGGGUGUGCUAUAGAGUUGUAUCUGUGUACACUUAAGUCAGCCAAAGAAGAGGGCCUGAGGUACAAGCUCAUUACGCCUGCGCCUAAAGAGAAUGAUGAUGGUACUAGAGUCUCCGCAUCUCCGCAGACCCCCACGGAAGAGGAUGUUAUUGACUUUUUGUGUGUCCUAUUGCGAGAGGUUAAUCGUAGCGCUAUUCUCAGUGGCUGCGUGUCUCUAGCCGCGGCGUGUCUGAAUUACCUGUACGUUUUUAGUCCAUCAACUGAAAUCACUAUCCAGGCACAUGUUCUAUUUUCAGCUGUUUUCUACUGCAAUCGCCUAGAAGGCGCCAUCACAACCGUUGAGGAAUACAUAUCCUAUGCGCGCUCGCUUCACGCCCUAUCUGCGCUGCUCAUGGAGUAUGCUCUCAAGAGCCCUAUCGCAUCUGAGUUUUGGCGACGUAUCCGCGAAGCACGUGCAACGCUUGUGGCGUUAUGCCGUAUUCACCGUGCUAAUCCCUGUGCGGGCGUGCCGGGGAUGCGGGAGAUUGUGGAGAGCCAGCAGUGCGACACCCUCAUCGCCUUAGCGAAGGUAUUUGUUGUGAUGGCCACACGCACCCCUGAGGGAGACUCUCGGGGCUGGCUUUACGAGUCGGAGAAGUGCAUGCGGCAGUGCAUGAAUAACGAGGCUCUCAAAAAGAAUCAACGUGCGUAUGCACUAGUGUUGUUUGGUUUUUCAGCAUUGCUACUGCUCUACAAGGAUGAUGCGAAGAAUGAGGAGGCUCGAUUGAUGCGGUUAGAGGCUGAGGGAUUACUGCGGCGCUGGCGCGCGCAACACGCUAACACUGGUUCUGAGCUCCAAUAG